AAAUACAUCAUUGAUCUUGCAUACAACACGGCCCAGGAGUUUGUUUUGGAUGGAAAGCAUAAAGAAGCGAUACCUGCAGCUUUGCAGGCACUGCGUUUCAGUACUGAAGUGUACGGCUCAAGUUCUGUGCAAUUGGUGCCUGCUUAUCUCCUCUUGGCUGAAGCCUCCACCGAUUUACCUUGCUAGUUCUACGUUUGGACUAAAAUCUAUUGAGACCUCUGGAGGGUAUUUCCACAUGGCUAAUGUUUUCUUUCGCCAGAACAAAAUGGACAUAGCAAACUCACUCUAUGCUGAGGUAACCGAUAUCUGGCAUGCCUUUCUUCUGAAGUCAGUUCACGCACAGGAGCAAAUUCUCAAGUCACAACCGGAAAUGUCUCCAUUCACGGAGGACAAGGAAGUCAGCAGAGAUCGUAUGACUGAAGCCCAGCAAGCAGAAGCAAUCCGAGUACUGAAUGCAGUGUUAGAUGUCAGAGAACAGGCACCAAAGCAACGACCUGGGGAAACUGCCAGAGUUUUGCAUGCUCUUGCCAUGCUUUAUUACCUGAUCACGGACUUAGCAAAGGCUCGUGAGGUGGGGAUGAAAGCCUUUGAGCUGUUAACACAACUGUCCCAACAAGAGUCUCUAGAAGCCAUCGGUCGUUUGUUAAAGUUGAUUAACUCCAAGCCUUCCUACACAACAUAAAGAACUCUUUCUACCAGAGCCAGGUGUUUGGCUAGGUUAUCUGUUUAAUUAGGUUGCUGAAAACAAAAAGCGUUACAAGCCGUAGGUCCUUCCCGCUGCUGCCAUCUUUCCAGAUGUGUUCCUUUCUGUCUCAAGGUGUUUGAAAAUUAAACGUUUUGGUAUACUGAGUUAA